GAAGAAUUUUAUAUCAGAAUUUGUCAUGCAAAAGCGUUGUAUAAGGAAAUUUCGGUAAUUGAUGAUGUGAAAAAAAGAAAGAAAAGGCUUAGUGAUUUGAUUAAACAGUCAAUCCCAAACUACAUUAAUCUUAAAAAUCAAUUAUAUGAAUUUUCUCGUUGGAAGAGAUUUUAUAAAUUAAUUGUUUUAUUAAUAGAAGAUUCUACAUUAAAUGCAAAUAAUAUCCCAUUAGAAUUCUGUUUUCAACAAUUUAGGGGUUUGG